UUUUAAAUUUAGAUAAAUAUUUAAACAAUUAUAAUGAGUGAGAUGAAGCCGGUGGAUUCAGAAGAUAUUGGAAAUACAAUUAAAAAACUUCAAUCAUCAACGGCUUCUCUUGUCAAAGCAAGUAAUCAAAUGCCAUUAAUUGGUGAUGGUUUUGAAUUAUACGCUACAUUUCCACAAUUUAACCAAUUUAUGGCUACUCAACGAAAUAGAAUAAUUAAUGUUAUGCGUAAAAUUUCAAGUGAAGCUGGACUUAAAUCAUUAAAAAUAAAUGACUCUUCUUUGGAGGAUAUUACACAAAUUAUUUCCGUCAAUGACAGACUUGUAGAUAAUAUUGUUCGUAAUUUUGAUGAACAUGAGGCGAAAUUAAACGAGGACAGGGUCAACGUUCGAAAAAUUGAUUUAGGUGCAGAAUGCAUUUCUGGCGCUACAGCAACAUCCUCUGAAGGAAAUACUCAUAUUUCAUCUAAAAUUAUUAGACGAACUUACAAUCAAUUUGAAAAGCAAAUUAAUGUUAAAGUGCCUGAACAAUCAAAAGACUAUAAAGAACUUUUAAAUGGUCGUCAGUUAAAUAAUCGACAAAUAUUUGCUUUGGAGCAACUUUGGAGAUGGCGUGAAGUGACCGCUAAAGAGCAUGACAAAUCUUUUUAUUAUGUUUUGCCUGAUCAUAUGAUGUUAAAAAUUGCAGAGGUAUUGCCACGGGAACAAAGUGGGAUUUUGGCUUGUUGUGCUCCAGUUCCGCGUUUGGUUCGACAUGAAUUGGAAUCACUUGCAAGAAUAGUAAAAAUAGCUAGAGAACUUCCAUUAGAACAAACAACAACAAUUAACAAUUUAAAUAAUUUAUCUAAACAAAACGGAAUUGAUGAAUUUAGUAAAUUAAAUAAUUGUGUAAAUGGAUUAAAAGCAAAACUUGAAUAUCGUUUUGAUAUAAGUAAAUAUUUAAAUAAUGACGAAGAAAAAAAUAAAAGAAAUUUGGGAUUCGAUAAAAAUAAAUUAAAAGAAAAUGAUGAAGGAGGGGAAAAAGAAAAACAAAUUAAAAAUAAUGAAGGGAAAGAAUUACGUCGAGUAAUACUUUCUGGGAAUAUGGAAGAAUUGGAAACUAAAAAUUCAAAUUCUUGUAAGGAAAAGGCAUCAAAUAUUCAAGAAUAUUUGGAACAGCAAUGGGCUAGUCCUUAUGAAACUUAUUUGGUUGCUAUGAGGGAUUCUGAAAAUAAGAAAAUAGAAAAUGAAAAUAAAUUUAUUCAAAAACAAACAACAAUUAAUAAAAAUAAAAGAGAAUAUUCACAUUUAGAUGAAAAUAAAGAGGAGGAGGAUAUACAAAUUAUUGAAGAAAAGAAAAUAAAAAUUGAAAAUAAAAUUGUUGGUUUGGAGGAAGAUGAAGAAAUUAAAGAAGAACGUGAAUUCUUUGCUGAUCCAGCAAAUUUGACUAAAAAAGCCAAAAAGAAAUUAUUUCAAAAGUUACGGAAAUCUGCUGACAUUCAAUUGAGUUAA